UGACUGAUACCCGACCAUUGUUGUGUAUGGUGGAUUAAAUCAAACUCAAUGGAAAACAAUACAAUUAAUAGUUAAUGUACACAUCAUUAAGAUAGUUUAAAAUAAAUUAACACUAUGCUACCUUCUACAUUUAGAUUUUGGGGGAACAAAUCUAGAUUUUAGCUCUUCAGGAAACUUGCAUUUUUACUACAGCUUGGAGACAGGUUCUUACUUCUAAAAACAAAUAAAUGAAAGGAACUAGGAAACCAAAUGAGUCACAUGAGGACGUCGAAUCGCAGUGAGUCACGUCGGUUUCCUUUUCACUUCUGGUGCUGUAUUGCCUCUUGACCUGAAUUUCACUUGACUCUGAAACCAGCUGCUAAACACAUCGACCGAUAGGGGCAACAUGCCUGAUUUUGUACAAACUCUCAAAAUCCCAAUUUCCAUUGCCUGACUGGAAGAAACAUCUGCUUUUCUGUAUUUAUUCACACCAUCCCGAUCUAUAAAGCAGCCGAUGAGCACUUUUAUAUUUCUAGCCAAAAAAUAUCUUGGUAUUUAUCUCUUUAUUAUCCAUUACUGGUUGAAGAGUGGGCUUGUGGACAUGACAGCCCGGGAUGAAGUGAGAUAUCACACUUGAGCACAGCGGAGUUCAGAGCGACUCCAAUCACCGCCGCUGUUCCUGGCUGGAUCUCCCUGGCUGACGUCAGCUGACUGCCUCGGCUCCCCGCUCCUCCGGACACAGACAGCGCCGUGUGAAAAUGCUGCUCUCUGUACCGCCAAGGACAGGAUUCAACCCGUACAGCGGCUACACCGGCAAGAACACCAAGAAGCAGACGUAUGUGUCCCCCUCCAGCCAUCAGAUGGCUCCUCCAAGCCCCAACAACAACAACAACAACAACAGUAGCAACUCCACCAACACCUCCUUUAGCAAUGGCAGCAGCAGUGGGGGAGAGCAGCUGAGCAAAACCAACCUGUACAUCCGUGGCCUCCACCCAGGAACCACAGACCAGGAUCUGGUCAAACUCUGUCAGCCGUAUGGGAAAAUUGUGUCCACCAAGGCCAUCCUGGACAAGACCACCAACAAGUGCAAAGGCUAUGGCUUUGUUGACUUUGACAGUCCGUCCUCAGCUCAGAAGGCGGUGACGGCGCUGAAGGCGGGUGGCGUGCAGGCUCAGAUGGCCAAGCAACAGGAGCAGGACCCCACCAACUUGUACAUCUCCAAUCUGCCAAUGUCCAUGGACGAGCAGGAGCUGGAGGCCAUGCUGAAGCCCUUCAGCCAGGCCAUUUCCACCCGCGUCCUGCGGGACGCCAACGGAACCAGCCGAGGCGUGGGCUUUGCCAGGAUGGAGUCAACCGAGAAGUGUGAAGCCAUCAUUCAACAUUUUAAUGGAAAAUAUAUCAAGACUCCACCUGGAGUUCCAGUGCCGCCAGAGCCCCUGUUGUGUAAAUUUGCUGAUGGAGGCCAGAAAAAGCGUCAGAGCCAAGGAAAAUAUCUGCAGAACGGCCGGCCCUGGACGAGAGACGGAGAGAGUGGAGGAAUGACCCUGACCUAUGACCCCACCACAGCCUUACAGAAUGGGUUCUACUCCUCUCCCUACAGCAUGGGCCCAAACCGGAUGAUGGGCCCGACCUCCCUCUCCCCAUACAUGCAUUCACCUAUGUCCACAUACCAGGUACACAACCCGUCCUGGUUACAUCAUCAGUCAUACAUCAUGCCGCCCACAGGAGCAGUGCUUACGCCAGGAAUGGACCACACCAUGUCCAUCCAACCGACCUCCAUGAUGGGGCCUCUGGCGCAGCAGCUCAGCCACCUCUCCAUGGGCAGCAGUGGCACCUACAUGCCUGCAAACGCAUCUAUGCAGGGGACAUACAUCCCUCAGUACACCCAAGUGCCUUCCGCCAACAUCUCAGUUGAGGAAAGUGCCGUCCAACCACCGGUUGCCCUCGAGGCUCCCACAGAACACACAACCUACACUUACCAGCACAAGUGAAGAGAUCUUCCUCUGGAGCCGGGGUGACUCUCAAAGUGCUGAAACUCGGCGCAGCGACCGCUCGUACGGCACCAGACACCCGGGAAGAACACGGACUGUUACACAGAAAGGACAAACAAAAAAGAGAUUUUCUACAAACUCAUAUUUUAAAGUAAACUCUGUUCCUCCGACAACCCAGGCUGGAGGAUGGCAGGCGAUGAGCAGUGGAAGAACAGAACAAGGAGCAUCUAUUUUGAUAACAGUCAAGAGAAAUAAGUCACACAGACGUAUGUUUUAAACAUUAUUCAUAUUGUUAUCUAAUACUAUUCCGGAGAGAUGGAAUGAAACCAGGAAAAAAUACUUCAACACCAUGUUUUAUUUUGAGUCAUGUUUUAUUUCAGCUCUUUGUAAAAGAUUUUGCUUAAUUCUUUUUGUCUGAUACCUUCAGGCUUUGAACCUGCCUUUUUGUACAUACUUUUUUAGUUUUUGUGGGUUUCUAACUUCAUGUGUCCUAGUUUGACUGAUUGGUGCAAAUAUUUGAAUACAGGACUCAAAAGGCUAAAAGAAAAACAAAAAACUGACGUCGUUCAAAAAGAUGACGACUCGUAUUUUAGACGGAUAUAGUGCCACUCGGAUUAGUGUCUCUCGAAGUGGCAGCGAGUUUACCGGGUAUGGAACCGACCUUCUCUUUGGCACUUGACUAUCAAAUAAUUUAUAGUUCCGACAUUCUCGACAAAGCUUGAGACAAUCAGAAGAGAACAUUUACAGAUGGUAAAGAGAAGACUUUGUUAAAAGAGCUAACUAGAUUUGAAGCAUUCCAGAGAUUAUUAUCAGAAAGUUCUAAAUAGUUGUUCACAUUGAGCUGCUCCACUUGAUGAAAUCCAAAGUUGAUUAACAGGGAUCACAUCUCACACAGAGCUGCCUGUAAAUAAGAGAUAUAAAUGUAUUUAGGCUUUCUUUUUAUUUUAUUUUAUCCGUGUAGUAAUGCUUCAGUUAUUUAAAUAUAAAUAUUAUACCAAAUUGUCUGAGCAGAGCAAUGUAUGUGUUGCUGUAUUUUCUGGUUUUCCCUCAUUCACAACAGGGGAAGCUGAAUCUCCACAGCAUCCCAAAAUGAAUUUUCUGAAGCAAGAAUUGGAUGUUAAGAGUAUGAAGUUCUUAUUACAUAGACAUUGAGAUCAACCGGUAAAGCGUGGCUCUAUCUCCAGAAAACAUGAUCCCGGUUUAUUAUGGCCAGUACACGGAUGCUUUAAUACAUAUUUUGCUGUGUUUGCAUCGACUUGUCUGUUUCAGUUUUCCCCGUUUUUUUCACAUUUCGUAUUUAAAGGUUUUAUUACGUUUCUUUAGUUUUUUAAAUUCUGUUUUAACUUUUAAAAAUUGAUCCUAUUUUUCAAAGAUGUUUUGUUUUUAUUUUUGAUAGUGUGUUGUGUGCCUCAAUUAGUGAGAAAUAGAUGUUUGCAGCUGUUUUUGAAAUCGUGAUUUGUUUGUAUGUUUACCUAGUUCUCUAGUUCUGGUUUCAGUGUUGACGUCAAAGAGGCUUUAAUGUUUUUUUGUUUUUUUUACAGACGACUCAGUUCAGUCUGGGUCACACAUGUUGGCGAUUUGUGAGCAUGGCUCCUGGUCAUGGAUUCAUUCUGUGUGCUCGGUUCAGAUGCAUUGCUCCAGAGUUGUGCCCCAAGCAGUUGGGAACAGCGUGAGAUAAAUGAUUUGUUCAAACCUUGACUUACCUCAUCCUGCCAGAGAAAUGUAGAUUCAGUUUGUGUCUGAGGUUCACAGGCAAUAACCUAAUACACAAUAACUUCAUAGGCCUCAUGGCCGUUCACAGCUGGUACUGUGUCCACAUCCGUCCACUGCUCGGAAAACACGCCCACGGUCUGACGAUCUAUGCAAUUAAUUUAUUAUCCUUAUAAAUGCAAUACUACGGAUAUCCAACUCACACCUCACAUGACAAUGGAUCACCUCUCAAUAUGGCUUUGCAUUCUGGCUUUUAUCUUUUCUGAUUCAUACGUUGAGAUUUGUUUAUUUUUCUGACUGACACGUUCAUCUAUGGUUAGUGAAUUUUUAGUCAAAUUGCUGCAUUAAAAGGGAACUAUUUCAUACCAAACUGUCGUUGUUCAGAUGAAUUUGGCAGGUGUGCUUUAUGUGAGGUGUGGCCACUCCACUCCCCCACCUUUGUGUUACAUGGACACCAGAGGUUUGUUGUCCAUGUUUCCAGCCACUUUGUUGUAUUGUUCUGGUUCUAUGUUGCGUGUCCCGUUUGUUAACUGGCUUUCUUGCCGAGUAAUUCACACGGUUUUUUUCCCAGGACUAAAUUUCACUUCACGGAAAUGCCUUAGAUCUCACUGAACGGGGGAGUGAAGUGCUACUCAGAUUGGUUUGGCGUGGUUUUUUUGGGGGGGGGUUCAUGCACUAUUGUUAUUUUCGUCAUCUCAAACUACUCUGAAAAUGGAUAUAAAAAGCAAAGAAAUCUUUAUAUGACUAUCUUGUGUUCAGUUGUUUCUAUUGCUACUAAUGUUGGAUUGAGUAUUUAGAAAUCUUCCAGCUGAAGGUCAUUGAAUUCAUCGUCAGAUAGGUCAGUUCUUUAAUUCAUGUGCAUCAAACCUCCUCCAGUAGAUGUUCAUGCCAUCAUACAGGGCUUUGUCUUGUUCCUAGAAACAAAAACCUUCAGCUAUUAAACUUUCAACUUGG